AACUGCCGUACAGCUCUCACAGCUGACGAAGAAGAGGAGGAGCCUUCUGCUUUAAACAAACCAGCCACCGACCAACCCAUAACAAACAGCAAAGAGGAAACUGAGGAGCAAAGCUGAGGGGAGACAAACACGAUCUCCAAGUUAACAUCUCUAUAGGUUCUGGUUGAUUUACGGCAGCUGAGCGCUCGCAUCCUUCGGCAACAUGGGGGAACUCUUCAGAAGUGAAGAGAUGACGCUGGCUCAGCUCUUCCUCCAGUCGGAAGCUGCCUACUGCUGCGUCAGUGAACUGGGAGAGAUCGGGAUGGUGCAGUUUCGUGAUCUAAAUCCUGAUGUGAAUGUCUUCCAACGGAAGUUUGUCAAUGAAGUACGACGUUGUGAGGAGAUGGAUCGCAAACUGAGAUUUGUGGAAAAAGAAAUAAAGAAGGCCAACAUCCCAAUAGUUGACACAGGAGAGAACCCAGAAGUCCCCUUCCCAAGAGACAUGAUCGACCUGGAGGCCACGUUUGAGAAGCUUGAGAAUGAGCUGAAGGAAAUAAACACCAACCAAGAGGCCCUAAAGAAGAACUUCCUGGAACUGACUGAGCUCAAACACAUCCUGCGUCGGACACAGCAGUUUUUUGACGAGAUGGAGGAUCCCAGUUUACUGGAGGAGUCAUCGACCCUCAUGGACCCCAAUGAGCCCAACCGAGGGGCUCCUCUCAGACUGGGAUUUGUGGCUGGAGUCAUUGGCAGGGAACGUAUUCCCACAUUUGAGAGGAUGCUGUGGAGAGUUUGCAGAGGAAAUGUGUUCCUGAGGCAGGCUGACAUUGAAGAUCCUCUGGAGGACCCAACCUCGGGUGACCAGGUCCACAAGUCUGUCUUCAUCAUCUUCUUCCAGGGAGACCAGCUGAAGAAUCGUGUCAAGAAGAUCUGCGAGGGGUUCAGAGCAACUUUGUACCCAUGUCCAGAAACGCCUCAGGAGAGGAAAGAGAUGCUGGCAGGGGUGAAUGCACGGAUUGAAGACCUGCAAAUGGUGCUAAACCAGACUGAGGAUCACAGGCAGAGGGUCCUGCAGGCUGCAGCCAAGACAGUCAGAGUGUGGUUCAUCAAGGUGAGGAAGAUGAAGGCCAUCUACCACACCCUCAACCUCUGCAACAUUGACGUCACUCAGAAGUGUCUGAUCGCUGAGGUGUGGUGUCCCGUCUCCGACCUGGACUCCAUCCAGUUCGCCCUGCGCAGAGGGACGGAGAAGAGCGGCUCCACUGUGCCUUCCAUCCUCAACAGGAUGCAGACCAAACAGACCCCACCCACCUACAACAAGACCAACAAGUUCACCUCAGGCUUCCAAAACAUUGUGGACGCGUAUGGAAUUGGCAGCUACCGGGAGAUUAACCCAGCACCAUACACCAUCAUCACCUUCCCCUUCCUGUUCGCGGUUAUGUUUGGUGACCUGGGCCACGGGACGCUCAUGACCUGCGCUGCCCUGUACCUUGUGUUGAGGGAGAGCAGGCUGAUGGCCCAGAAGAACGACAAUGAGAUGUUCAGCAUGGUGUUUGCAGGACGUUACAUCAUCCUGCUGAUGGGAAUCUUCUCAAUCUACACUGGGAUCAUUUACAACGACUGCUUCUCCAAGUCACUCAACUUGUUUGGCUCCGGCUGGAGCGUCAGGCCCAUGUUUGAUGCUCGAAUAGGAGGCAACUGGACGUUUGCAACACUGCGAGACAAUAAAGUCUUGCAGUUGGACCCAGCAUUAGAUGGAGUGUUCAAAGGGCCGUACCCCAUCGGCAUCGAUCCGAUAUGGAACAUUGCCACCAACAAGCUGACGUUCCUGAACUCAUUCAAGAUGAAGAUGUCUGUUAUCCUGGGAGUCAUUCACAUGCUGUUCGGUGUCACUCUGAGUCUCUUCAACCACCUGUACUUCAAGAAGCCUCUGAAUAUCUACCUGGGAUUCAUCCCCGAGAUUGUCUUCAUGUCCAGUCUGUUUGGAUACCUAGUCAUUCUGGUCUUCUAUAAGUGGCUCUCAUACGAUGCACGCACCUCCAAGGAUGCUCCCAGCCUCCUCAUCGCCUUUAUCAACAUGUUCCUCUUCAACUAUAACGACCCCACAAACAAACCACUUUACAGAGGACAGAUGGGCAUACAAUCACUCCUGGUGGUGAUCGCCUUGGCUUGUGUUCCCUGUAUGCUAAUAGUGAAAACUCUUGUUCUGCGGAGACAGUAUUUGUGGAGGAAAAACCUGGGUACACAGAACUUUGGAGGGAUCAGGGUGGGCAACGGGCCCACGGAGGAUGAGGCUGAAAUCAUCCAGCAUGACCAGCUCUCGCAGCACUCCGAGGAGGAGCCUGAGCGUUGCCUUUUGUCACCUGCUGUCAAGGCCCACGAGGAGGAAGAGUUUAACUUUGGGGAUAUGGCAGUGCAUCAGGCGAUCCACACCAUCGAGUACUGCCUGGGCUGCAUCUCCAACACUGCUUCCUACCUGCGGCUGUGGGCCCUCAGUCUGGCUCAUGCACAGCUGUCAGAGGUGCUGUGGUCCAUGGUGAUGCACAUUGGCCUCUCCUCCAGAAGCUUGGGCGGCUUUAUCCUUCUGGCCAUAGUCUUUUACGCUUUCGCUGUUCUCACAGUUGCCAUUCUUCUUAUUAUGGAAGGUCUGUCAGCCUUCUUGCAUGCACUGCGACUGCACUGGGUGGAGUUUCAAAACAAGUUUUACUUAGGCCAGGGCUUCAAAUUCCUCCCCUUCACCUUCGAAAGCAUCCUGGACGGGAGGUUUGAGGAAUGAGAUCUGACCGCUUCUCCUCUUCUCUUAAUGUCACCUGCAUCUCUUGAUAAUCUGUGUGGUGUUGAAUAGUGAUUUUUGCGUGUGAUGCAGUUUCCCGGGUGUCACCACAUCUACAAGAGGGGACACUCCAAAAGAUUAUCUGUCCGACUGCCAUGUGUUAUAAACUACUCAUCACUUUUUAGAAUUGGUAACAAAAUGUGAAACAUCUGCUCAGAAAUUACUAUUCAUUCAUCCAUUCAUUCCUGUGAGAAAAAAAAUAGAAUAAUUUGUAAUCUGUGUUGUCUUAGUUUUUGUUGUUUCUGUGUUUUAUUGAGUUAAAUAUUAUUUAUGCAAAUUGUUCCUUUAAAAAACCUGCAUUGUCUUCUAUGUGGCAGUGUUGCACUACCAGUCAUAAAUAAGUUCUGUGAUGUGCAGAUGUCUUGACUGAUUAUGUGGACAGAAGUUUAUCCAGGAAAAAGUGAUUCCUGUUGGUCUUUUCCACAUUGUUGUAUCAAGAUGAUCUCUUUCUCUGCAUUGGCAUUGUUCUUCAGCAAUGAUCAACAUCUUGUGCACCGAGCACCUCUUUGAUUUCAGAAACGCCUACUUUGCCUCUAUUACACUGUAAACUGACCUCACAUACUGAGCUGUAAAGGGAAUAAAAUUAAACUAGCAUCGAGAUGUCAGUGGAGAUAAAGUGAAUGUUUAAUCUCACGCUCUGACAUUGCCAUGGGGGCGUCCCUGUGUUCACUGACCUGUUCAGUAGAGCACACAUUGAGCAUGACGGGGAAUCUGAAGGUGGAAGUUCUGUAACAACCCAACACUUAACUGGUUUAAACUGUUAGUCUUGCUGAAGUUUUUGUUCCUUAUGCUGAUUUCAGUUGUAUGUUAAAGUUGAAAAAACAAAACAACAUUGUUACAGAAGGGAGUAAGAACAGCAUGCAGCAGACAUAUUCAAGUAGAGUUCAUUCCUCAGAUCAUUUAACAACCACAUUAAUUGUGCAUCUCUGUCUCAAUAAAUUGGAAAGAGCUGGAUCAA